AUGUUUUCCAAAACUAUUCGCCGAGGACUUCGGAUCUCGACGCAGACGUCACAACUACCAUUCAUUCCUCUUGUAUCGAAUUCAGGCUUACCUGGAGCUGUGGGAAAUACUCCCUUAAUUCGAUUACCAAGAAUUUCUGAGGAAACCGGAAGAAAUAUUUUUGCCAAAGCAGAGUAUAUGAAUCCUGGAGGAUCGGUGAAGGAUCGUGCUGCGCUCUAUGUGAUCAAGGAUGCAGAGGAAAGAGGUUUAAUUAGUCCUGGAGGAACGGUUGUUGAAGGAACCGCAGGAAAUACCGGUAUUGGAUUGGCUCAUGUUUGUAGAGCAAAAGGCUAUAAAUGUGUUAUUUAUAUGCCAAAUACCCAAUCGCCACAAAAAAUCGAAACACUUCGCUUGUUGGGUGCUGAGGUUCAUCCAGUGCCUGCUGUGGCAUUCACCGAUCCACAAAAUUAUAAUCACCAGGCUAAAAGACAUGCUGAAAAAUUGGACAAUGCGGUUUGGACAAACCAGUUCGAUAACACCGCCAUAGACAAGCCCAUAUUGAAAACUACUGGGCCAGAAAUAUGGGCUCCAAUUGAAUGGAAAAGUCGAUGCUUUGGACUUGUUCCACCUGGCACUGGUGGAACUUUUGCUGGAGUUACAAGGUACUUUGAAGUCUAUGGCUUCUGA